UUACUUUAUUACAGCAGAGCAGUGGGAGCAGGUGGACGUCAUCUGGUUUCAGAGAGAGCGAGAUUAAGGCUGUGUGAAUGGACACUUUCAUGUGUGUGUAUGAGAUCAGGCUGCCUCAGGGGCUCAUCGGUCUAAUAAUGCACUUUGGUGGAAUUACAGGUUGAUGAAGUAUUUCCCCUGACAGGAGUGUGAGGUGCAUAUGAGCCUGGGAUCUUCACGUGUCAGAUAGUUCUGACAGUCCGGCCGACAUGGAGCGCAUGAGAAGGAAUAAAGUGGAGCAGGGGCGACAGACGCACCAGGUCCUACAGAGCACUCCUUUAGACCUGAUCGAGACCGGCAAGUCCCUCAGAGUCCAGGCAGAGCGCCCCCACCUGGUUAGUCUGGGAAGUGGACGUCUGAGCACGGCCAUCACUUUGCUGCCUCUGCAGGAAGGAAGAACCACACUGGGCAGUGGGGGCACAGAUAUCCCCCUGCAGGGCCCCGGCAUCGCAGCGCAGCACUGCUACAUUGAAAACGAGUCGGGCGUCAUCAUUUUGUACCCAUGUGGGAACCAGUGCUGUGUGGAUGGCCUCCCAAUCACCAGACCCUAUCGCCUGACACAAGGGUGCAUGCUGUGUUUUGGUCAGUCCGCCUUUUUUCGCUUCAAUCAUCCGGAGGAGGCCGUGAGGAUGAAGAGCAUGCUGCCCGGAGGAGGAGGAGGAGGCCAGGAACUCAGCACCACAAAAACUCUUCCUGCUGACUCACAUAGUGUGUUUAACGGCAGCCAUCAGUCCUUUUCAAGCAACGGCAACUCUAAAAUCAACAAGAGCCUCCAGGACUCCUUGGUGGUGAACACAUCAUCAUCAUCAGGACCUGGGAAACAGCCCCUUCCUCAGCACUCUCCUCCAAACAUGCUCAAUGGAAGAAACAGUUCCACAACAGAGGACACCAUUUAUGAAAACAUCAGAACCUUGGGGUGCAAGAACCUCGGCAACAAAACUCCUCCGGUACCUGCGCGGUCCGCUCACACCAACCACACUCCGGUCCCCAAUCCACGGACCUCGCUGUCUGCUGCCUUGAGCAGUAGUGGUGGUCAGAGAGCCCAGGAAAGCCCAAAGCUUCUUAGGAACGUGAGAACCACCCCCACACCACCUAGCUCACAUUCAGGACAGGGCACAGAAAACUCUAGCAUAACCCCCAAAUCAUUGUCUGUCAAAUUUUCCCCAAUGGCUCCACCCAGCCCUCGAGUAAGAGGUUCUUCUCUACAACACAGAUCCCCCAGCCCCAUGCGAGAGCAGGGUCAGUUAUUCUCCAGUGUAGAAGUCCCUCAAAGACUCAGGACUCCAGAGCUGGUUGCGCCCAGCAUCCUGAGAGAACUUCCUCCUGUCAGCCCUUACACGUCUGGCAAGGGGAAUCCAGGAUCGCAGGGCUCAGCUUCUCUCCUCGCCACACAAGGCCUCGCUGCCCACCCCGAGAGCCCCCAGGGCCACAGCAAACUCACAACAAAAGCAGAGGCCAUGAGAGCGCUGUACUCCCAGAGUCCAUCACCACUCUCUGGGUUGGAGAAGGAGCCUGAAGGCAGAAGAUCAAGGCCUGGGCCAGGAGGUGCCAUGGUAUCAGGUCUGGGUACAUCUCCUCUGGCAAGUCCUCGUAGCCAAAGAAAAACCUCCUGCUCGACCGUGACGGGAUCCUCCACCAAGGAACCCAACCCAAUGAAGCCAUAUACACGGGAGCGCAAGAACAGCAUCUCUGAGAUCAGCGACAAUGAGGACGAGUUGCUGGAAUACCACCGCUGGCAGAGAGAGGAGAGGCUGCGUGAGCAGGAAAUGGAGAAACUGGAGCGACAGAGGUUGGAGACCAUCCUCAACCUUUGUGCAGAGUAUAAUCAGGAGGGCAGUGCAGUGGAGUUGGCCGAGGUGGUGAGGAGUGGGCUGCUGGGGGGCGCUGUAGGAGUCUGCACAGGCACGGGAGACGAGAUGUUCCUCCCGGGUGGAGAUGGGCCUCAGAGGGCGAGGCAGAAUGAUGAGGACACCCAGAGAGAGGAGUCCAGCAGCACAGAGAGCACACACCAGGAGUGUGAAGAGCUGUUGGCUGGUCAGGAGCACGUCUACCUGGAGGAGGAGAGGAGCAGGAUCUUGUUCAGAGUUGAUGACUUGAAGCACAGAGUCAGUGAACUGGAGCAGCAGCUACAAGAGACCAAACAGGAGACGGAGAUGGAGCAGGCUCUGCUGCAGGCCGAGAGGCGGGCAGAGCAGGAGCAGGUGGAGGCUGAGAAUGAAAUCAUCUCUCAGCUGCAGCUCAAACUCAACCAGCUGGACAAGGCCAUCCAGAGAGAGAAGGACGAGGGCAGGGCUAAUGUGUCGGCUCAGCGGAAGGCCCUGGAAAAGCAGAGGAAUGAGUACAAUGAGCUGAAGAGGCAGUUUGAUAAGUGCCCCUUGUCUCUAAGGGAACAGUUACAGGAGCAGCUCAGCAGGAAAGCUGAAGCUGUGGAGUGUGGGACCAAACAGUUUGAGGAGCUGGAGUUCUGUCAGCUGGAGGAGGAGAGCAGUUUGGAGGAGAAGAAGGAGACGCAGAGUUCGCAGCUCCUCCAAGAGAGAGCCGAGUACCACUGCAGCGUGGCCCGGAGGAAGGAGAAGAUGGCCACGCUGGAGGCUCAGGUGAAGCAGCUGGGGUUACAGGCAGCUCAAGACUGUGAGAGGAUGGUUAGAGACAGGACGGUGUCUCUGCAGCUGUUACACAAGGAGCAAGACAGGUUGUGUGCUCUGGAGAAGAGGCACCACACACUGACUGGAGAGAGAAGUUACCUGAAGCCCAGCAGCAGCAUGAAGGAGGAAUUGCUUCACAUCAGCGAACCUGACCUUGUCUAUGUGGACGGUCCUCCUGAUAGCCCCUGUCCCUCCUCUGCCUCCUUCUCCUCCUCCUCCUCUCACAUCCCCUCCCCUGAACUCUACCCUGUUAGACUACAAGAGGAGUACCUCAGGCUGUCUGAUGUCUAUAAGAUGUAUGGAAAUGCUUCUGUGCAGCCUCACUCUUCCCCCCCUGCUGCUCUCCACUGCCUCUCCCUCUCUGUAUCUCCAGCUCUGCCAUGCGAGGAGUACAUCACAGUCAGUCAAUUAAGUCAGAUCUUUGGGAUGCAGAGACUGAAUCCCUCCUCCUCUGCCUCUAUUCCAUCAUUCCACCUUGCCUCCUCUGAAUCUGUCUUCUCCUGCCACUCAGCUGCAUGUGGUCCUUCCUCCUUUCUCUCUGCACAGAGUCAGCCUGAGCUGAGCAGGAAUGCAAUGCCUCCUAUUAAUCUCGAGCGCUGGUACCAGGACAUCAUGGCGGCUGGAGAGGCUCAGUCGUGUCCUCCACCGCUGCCUGCCAAGUCUUUUUCUGCACGCAGACACGGGCAGUUGUUGAAGUCCAAAUCAGAUGGCGAGGUUGGACUGGCGGCGUCAUGCGCUCAUGUCAGCAGUGCUGCAUCCCUGCCACACUCCAGCGCUCAUGAGAGAAACACCAAGGGGUUACAGUUAGCGCUGGGAGAGAUGUCAACACCGUUAGACAUGGAGUCCAGGAGGCAGAUGGUUAUACAGAGCAAAGAUGUGUCUCCCACUGUCAAUCACUCCAUCCUACAUCAUCAGUCGCCACCGAGUGGAAACCAGGCGUACGACACCCUGAGUCUGGAGAGCUCAGACAGCAUGGAGACCAGCGUCUCCACCGGCAACUCCGCCUGCACCCCUGAAAGUGCCUGUGGGUUAGAGGCCCAGAGGAUAGAGGAGAUGGAGAAGAUGUUGAAGGAGGCGCAGCAGGAGAAAGCAAGACUUGUGGAGAACAGAGAGAGGGAGGUGCAGGCUCGGCGGCAGAUGUUGGAGGAGGAGCGGAGGAGGCGGGAGGAGGCCGAGAGGAGGCUUCUGGACGAGACGGCCCACAGGCAGAGGCUGGUGGAGGAGGAGGUGAAGAUGAGAGAGAAACACUUCUCCCAGGCUCGUCCAAUGACGCGCUACCUGCCCAACCGUAAGGAGGAGUUUGACUUGCGCGCCCACGUGGAGUCGUCCGGCCACAGCAUCGACACCUGCCCCUUCGUCAACCUCACCGAGAAGAUGUGUAAGGGCCACCUGGUGAAGAUGGGUGGUAAAAUCAAAUCGUGGAAGAAACGCUGGUUCGUUUUUGACCGUCUCAAGAGGAACUUCUGUUAUUACGCUGACAAGCAUGAAACCAAGCUGAAAGGACUCAUUUACUUUCAGGCGAUUGAAGAGGUUUAUUAUGAUCACCUACGCAGUGCCACCAAGAGCCCCAAUCCAUCUUUGACCUUCUGCGUGAAAACUCACGACCGCCUCUACUACAUGGUGGCCCCGUCCCCGGAGGCCAUGAGGAUAUGGAUGGAUGUCAUAGUAACGGGCGCCGAAGGCUACACGCAGUUCAUGAGCUGAGGGACCACGCGUCGGGAGACAGGUUUGGAGGAUGAUUGGGACUGAGCGAUCACCGAGACACCUGCACGGCAACCUGAGCUGCUCCCCUGCUGGGGCUGGAGCUGGAGCUGAGGACAUGCGGCAGAUGUGUCAUGGAUGGAUGUCUGAGGAGACGAAUGAUCUGGUGCCCACAUAAAAGAGGCCGGAUGUUUUGGUGCAAAUGAAGGCUUAGUCUUGACAAAGGUGCUUUUUUUGAAAGAAUUCCUGAGUUGGAAAACAGACUGAGCAACCUGCCUUUGGAUUUAUGAAGGGAGCUUCCUACAAACAAAACCGUAUUAAACACAUUCUAUUACCAAAAUGUAUUUUCAAUAAUUACAAUAUAAUUUUGGAGGUUUCUGGAGGAACACUCUGAACAUUUCUUACUUCAUAAGCUCAAACGCUUUACACCUCUGAAGCCGAUCUGUGCAUGUGCAGUGCUAUCACUCUAACUGAUGAUGACUUUUUUCUCUUUUUGAUACAUUUGUACUUUUCCCUGCUGUUUGUUAACCUUACGAUUUAAAAAAGCGUCUUUAAAUAUGUCAAAAUCACUAAAAGAAAAACUGUUUUUGUAGCAAAUAUUCUUAAAAUAUUUUUAAAGAGUCAUAUAUUAUGCAGCUUUGGUGCCAAAUACUUUAUGAAAUGUUUUUAUCAGAUUUUUACAAUACAGAUUUUAAUAUCACUCAAUAUACAGUGUAAUAUUAUAAGGGCUUUUCAUUCAGAUAAUUGUAUUUUAAA